AUGCAAAAAAAAAAAAAAAAAAAUGCGGAGGUAAUAGGACGUCGACGGCUGUGGCUUGAGCUGGAAUUCGUUCGACUUCUACUACAGUACUUAGGAACCGGCCCGGUUCUCGAGACACCCAGUCUGCCCAGGCCUAGGGACCCCAGAAGGCUCGGAGCCCAGGGCCCGCCGCCCCGCGCCCGCCCGCGCCCGCCCGCGCCCCGCACAGGAACGUGCCCGACCGGCCGCCAGAGCGCAGUCUCGAGCUCCUGGAGACCGACCGUCCGUGCGGAGGCGGAGGCGGAGGCGGGGGCGAGCCUCCCCCAGUGGUUACCAGUGACUCAGGAGCUGAGCUUCCAAAAAUUUCUUGAACAAUCUGACUUCCUAGAAGAACUUAAAUAUGACUUCAAUGAAAAAGCUGAGUUGAGACACACGGAGACACAAAGGCCUUUUGUCUUUAACUAUUAUAAAAAUGUUCUUGAGAGGAAUAGCAAGCGCUACCAGGCCCUUGGCCAUUUGCUUGCACAAUACAUUUAUGAGCUUUUGGAGAAAGUAUGCAAAUUACAAAAAGUGUAUAUCCCACCAGAGGCUGAUAAGGAACCAAGAAGCUUCUUUUUCAUGAGUGAGAAAGCAUUAUUAACAAGUCAUCGUUCUAUUCUUCUUGUUCUUCUUCAAGACCAUGGGGUCUUUAGAGCUGGUCAAUGGAGUCAGCAGGCAAUAAUACAUCAUGGUCUCCAACAUGGAAGUCAGAUACCAUGUAUUCAAAUGGCCUUGCAGGCCCAUUAUGAUGUAAUUGUGCUAAAUCCCAAUGACAAUUUUGUGGACCUAAAGAUGGAAAAAGAGUGGAAAGGCCUUUUAACACAAAAUAUUGGGUCCUCUUCCCUAAAAAUGGUUCAGGCAGAGAAUGUUUUAUCUCUCCAGCAACCUCUCCAGUACAUCCCUAAAAGAUGCAGCAACACCCCUGAAGAACACAUGGCUUACAUUUGGGAUUACUUCAUUUCAAAGACUGAAAGCAAGGAUGUUGCUUUCAUAGUACAUGGUUAUGGAGGAUUGGUUUUUAUGGACUUACUCGUACGUAGAAAGUGGGAAGUGAUGAACAAAGUAUAUGCUGUUGCACUUAUUGACUCCGACCAUCAUGUAGGACACCAGCUGGGGAGCGAUGUACAGUUACUAGCCUGGAUAAAGCACCACUGCCGUGAAUGGGUAACAAGUCCUAAGCCUUUGGAUAAACCUGCAGCUACUGUUUUAAAAAAGGAGUUCCCUAUCGUUUCAGCUGGUACAGAAGAACACAACUUAGCCCCUUCCUCUAGCCUUCAGUCCAUUUUUAAAUACUUGAAAAAAGCUUUGAAAGCCAAAACAACUAUUAAUUUCUCCCGAGUGCCGGUAGUAACUAGAAGCUCCACAAAAAGAAAGCAAAGUGCUUAAUUUGCUUUGUCAUCUAAGAUUUUUUUUUUGUCUUGCUGAAAUGUUGCUAAUGUAGAUGCUAGAAGAAAAGGAAUGCUUCACAGUAUUAUGUUAUGAAAAGAAUAUGCAGUGUUAUAUGCUUGCUUGAGGUUUGAUUUGCUACUUUCUUUGAAAAGUGAAUAUAUUCUCUUUUGUGUUGAUGAACAGUUAAUACCAUCUUUAAUAUUUUAUAGUAUUAUUCAAUUAGAGGACCUUUUGAAAAGCUUUCUUAUGGCUUAAUAGAAUGUUGCCAAAACUGUAGAUUGAUACAGAUUGAUAGAGAUUAAAUUAAUAUAGAUUAAAUACUAAGUCAGUCUUUGAUUUCUAUGUUGUUAAUGCCAUACUAAAACUAUGUGAACAUAAAAAUUAUCCUAAGCAAACUCCAUUUUUUGUAUGUUUGUGUUCUUUUGCUUAAAUGUAUUGGUCUUAUGUUUAAAUGUAUUAAAGGUAUUUACUCACACCUUCAGCUAAUAUUUGAGUGUCUACUAUGUACCAGUCGAUUGUAGCUGUUGAGGACACCAGCAAACAAAACCAACACUGUCUUUAUCCUCAUGGAGUUCACGAUGGGCGACAAAAUGCAAGUGUGAAGAGUGUUUGGAAAUAUAAGGUGCUGGGACGCCUGCGUGGCUCAGUGGUUGAGCGUCUGCCUUCGGCUCAGGUUGUGAUCCUGGAGUACCAGGAUCAAGUCCUACAUCAGGCU